GGUAAUAAUGAAAUUAGAAACCCAUCGGGGUUUUGGUCAUUUUAUCUGCAGAGAACGUUCUACGCACGCUUCAGUUUAUUUAUGGCGACGCGUUUUCCUUCCAUUGUUGUUCUUGUUUUAUGAAUUUGAAACAUUUUGUUUACUUAUUCAAAACCCUGAUAAACAAUUCUCAAAUCACAAGGCUUCUUUGGGCAGUUUCAGAAGAAGAUUUCUAGGGGUUUUUUUGGUCGUGUUUGUUCUAGGUUUCUUUGCGCAUACAAGAAGAUUUGUAGGGUUAUUUUUCUGAAGAAGAAUUUUAGGCUUCGAGGUGAAUUUGAAGAAGAUCUUUAGGGUUCGUUUGCUAUAGUUUCAGAGGAAAUUUAUAGGGUUUUGUUGAGGAAGUUGCAGAAGAGGGAGAUGGGUAAAGAAGAAGAAGCAGUUGUUGGGAUUCCUUAUGGUUAUGGUAAUGCGCAGCCCAUGGUGCCUCCUCAAACGUACUACACAGCUCCAAACCCUUAUCAGGCUGGUAUGAUCCCUUCAAAUGUUAUCUAUGGUGAUCCAAAGGGGGUUCCGUUGCAGCAAACCAUAUACAGAGAUACCCCUGCCCCUUUCAACUGUGUUUAUUGUGGGAGUUCCGGAUUAACGAACGUUAGAUCAAAGCCAAGUCUUGCAUCCGUGGUUGCUUGUAUGAUGCCUUUUAUGCUUGGAGUUUGCUUCCUGUGCCCUUCAAUGGAUUGUCUCUGGCAUAAAUAUCAUUACUGCCCCAGCUGUGGCGAGAAGGUGGCUCAUUUUGAGAAGAAAGACAUCUGUGCCGUUGCAGACCCUGUUCACUGGACUGAAGAGAGUUUUGCUGUCCCUGCUUGACACACACUCUCUCUCUCUGCUAUAGACCCUGUGGGAAUGAUAUAAUGGUUUCCCCUGUAUAUUGGACAUGUAUAGAGCAGCACAUAUUCUGAUGCAUCUAUAAUAAUAUUUUUCCUGCAUUUUAUG